AAACACAUUUUUAAUCCACAAAACCUAGUAAUGAACAAUUUGAAAUAAUCCAUUGAAAUUGGACGCGAUGAUUUGUCAGAAGCACUCGUUGAUUGAAACACAAAAGCAAAAUUAUACAAUGUCAAUGCUAAACAUUGAAAAACGCCAUUAAAAACUGUUGCUACGGUCCCGCGUGUUCUUUCAACUCACAGAAAUUGCUUUCGGUGCACUUUGACGCGUAUACAAUCGAAUGACGUAAUCCGACUGCACACGCGAAGAACACAAACGCGCUCCACCGUCGGAGACGUUUUCUCCAGAGCAAAACACUAAAACCACUGAAACUAGACGCUUAAACAUGCCAGAACCCAAAAUUGCACCUUCUCUCCUUGCUGGAGACUUCUCUAACCUCCAAAAGGAGGUUGUUCGUAUGGUUGAUUAUGGCAGUGACUGGCUGCAUGUGGACAUUAUGGAUUCUCAGUUUGUGCCCCAGUUGACGAUUGGCCCCGUCGUGGUCAAGUGCAUGCGCAACGGUGUACCCAAAGAGAAGGCAUUCUUCGACUGCCACAUGAUGGUGAUGAACCCUGAGCGUUGGGUUGACGAUUUUGCUGACGCUGGAGCUAACCUGUUCUGCUUCCACUACGAAGCCACGGAAAAGCACAUGGAGGUGAUUGAACGUGCACACGCACGUGGUAUGCGUGUUGGCUGUGCCAUCAAGCCCAAAACACCUGUCGAGGCGAUUGAGCCUUUGGUUGCUCACUUGGACAUGGUGCUUGUCAUGACCGUUGAGCCUGGCAAGGGUGGUCAAAGCUUUAUGCCUGAAUGCCUGCCCAAGGUGGAGUAUCUUCGUCAACGGUAUCCAGAGUUGGACAUUGAAGUGGAUGGCGGUGUUUCUCCCAAGACAAUCGACUCUGCUGCGAACGCCGGUGCUAAUGUGAUUGUCGCAGGUACGGCUGUGUUUCUCGCAUCGUCUCCCAAGGAUGUGAUUGCCACAUUGCGUUCCUCUGUGCUUCGUGCUCAGGCGGAGAAGCCCUGGGCCAAAGAGAAGUAG